GUUUGUGUAUCUGUUUACUCUGGGAAACUACAAUACUAUGGGUUGGACUGGACCACUGUGCUACAUUUUUGAGUUUAUGAUAGAUACAGCUCCUCAGCUUUUCCACAGUGCGUCAAACCUUCUCACUCUAGCUUUGGCUGUACAGAGAUACAUAUACGUCUGUCAUGCUACUACAGCCAAACAGUGGUGCACUAUUGCUAGGAGUAAGGUAGUUAUCUGUUUAAUUUUGACCUUGUCUGUUGCGCAUAUGGUUAGCCGUACUGCGGAUAGGAACUACUCAACAAUAAUGACAGAUGGCGCCAACGGAACUGCGAUAAUACCAGUUUGUCGCGUUGAAUUCUCUCACUGGCUGACAGCUGCUCCAAAUUCUCUCACGAUCUACUUUAACACAUACUUCUGGUUCAGAGUUCUGUUUGUUCAGCUAUUUCCUUGUAUCUCUCUAGUUAUACUGAACAUUCUUCUAUUCUCAGCCAUGAGGAGAGCUGAGAGCAGACGAAGACGACUUACAGUAAACAGAAACACUCCUAAAGUACAAUCCGCGGCAACAUCCAGAAGAGCAUCGUUGUUUGGUCUGAGCAGAGAGAAUAGGAGGCAGAGGGAUGCUAACAGCACAACUAUGAUGCUCAUAGUUGUGAUUGCUGUUUUUCUCGUCGUUGAGAUACCACUUGCUGUCAUGUCAGCCCUACAUACAAUAUCCUCCAGUGUUCAUGAGUUUAUGAACUAUGAACUAGCGAGGGAUAUUGUUCUGUUUAUCGACACAACCAUCUGCUUGAGCUACCCGGUCAACUUCGCAAUCUACUGUGGAAUGUCAAGACAAUUUCGGACAACAUUCAGUUCUCUGAUCCUCACCCCGUGCAUCAGACUGGUUAAACCUGCUCCUAGCCCUGAUGAAAAUAUUGAGGAGAACCCUGAGAGGAGCAAAUGGAAUAAUGGAGCAGGGCCCAGUACAAAGAUUACAAAAGCAACCGUAGCUGGUACAACAGAGGCAAAUGGUCUGCUUACAACAAACUUCUAAAUGUAAUCAUGUACAGGGCUAUCGACCAACUUCAUGUGUACAUAGGGAAUCAACAAGUUUAACAUGUACUAUGUACAUAGUCUAUAAAGGAGCUUAUACAUGUACAGAGCUGUCAACCAACUUUUAAAUGUUCACCUGUACAAGAAUAUCAACCAACUUCACUUGUACAUACGCUAUAUCAACCAUCUUCUAAAUUUACACAUGUAUUGUACAGAGAUAUCAACCAUUUUUUAAUGUACAAAUUUAAAAGAGUUAAAAGAAUAUCAAUUAUCUUCAAAAUGUAAAGAUGUACAGGGCUAUCAAUCAAAUUUAUGGCACACAUUUACAUUGUACAAACCAAAGAUACCAAACGGAGACAAGUACAAUGCUGCCAAAUAAAUGAACGAAUGAACAAGGCUAAUACUCAUUCCAUACUCCAUGUAUAUUGUACAUGUACAUGUAUAUGUACGUGUAUUUGAACGCUGCUGCAAAUCACAAACUUUAAACUGUACACUGUGCAGGAUAAACAAUUUACGUGACUAUUAUCAACAUUAAAGAACAGUUUCUCAUGUACAAUUGUACGUGGGUAUAUUCGGUGAUACAAAUACAUUAAUUUGUAACAGUGAGGGUAUAGGGAUCAAUUCUUACAAAACAAAAAAACAAAUAAUUAAAACAUAAUUAAUUUGUUCAAUGAAAGUUGAUAAACCGGUUUGACCAGGGAUUAAUCCUUUCAUUACGAGAAAAUCGGCCAUCUUUCUUUUCCAAACCAAUCGGCCAUCUUUCUUUUCCAAACCAAUCAUUGUGUAUACACUAUACAGGCGUGUCAAAAUAAAAAUACCCGACAAUGGACAGACAUUUUUUAUUCAAAAUAUGUUUGGCUAAAAUUGUCAGUCUUUUUCUACCAAUUAUAUUUUAUACCACCCUUUAUGAAAUAGAAGAAAUAUUACACAUUGCAUGAUUUAAAAGUGAAUCGUUUAUUGGACACAAAAUUGGAAACCUGUCAUAUCAAGAAAUUUAAGAUAUGAAAAAUUUUCUAACCGUUUAUUAUUGUAAACAGGGCGUAUUCAGGGGGGGGCUAUGGGGGCUACGCCCCCCCCCCCUGAACCAGUGAAAUCUAUUAAUUUCAGGGGGUUUUCAGACCCCAACGGGUGCUUAGCCCCACUGGAAAGAUAAAAAAAUGUAAGCCUCCACCCCUGGACAAAAUCCUGAAUACGCCCCUGUAAUGUAAACAUAUAGUAUUAAAAAAUGAUGUGAGCGUGUUGUGACCUAUUCAAUGUGAAUCAAUGGAGUUUGCCCAUACAGAUCUUAGACUUAAAAAUUAAAAUAGAAUAUUAUUUUUUACGCGAGCAAAAUACAUUUUCUGAAGUUUUAGUUAAACUAAUAAACAUGAAUUGUAAGAUGUUUUGCUUGAAAUAUUAUGCGCUGGUUUUACAGUAAUAUCCAGAUCAAAUAGAGUAGAUUUUACGUCAAAAAUUAAUUUAUUUUCAUAGCGCAUUCUCUCAUUGAAUGUUAUUGAAUUGUUAGAUCUAGCUUAAUGGAGACAAAAAAAUUUAAUGUUUCAACAAAAAUAUUAAGUGUAUGUUGUUCAUCUUAUAACGAGAACUCCGUAAUUCGUUUAAAGAGACUGUAGGCGUAAUUUAAAGUGAUCCUCUCUUAGCAAAGUGACAUGUCCGAUUCACAACACUACCCUUUAAAACUACUAAUAUUUACUUUCCACAGAAUUCGCAGAAUAAAUUUAAUAUUUUA